AUGCAGUGGGAUGCCGCUGCGAUUGGAUCCUCCGACGGUCUCGAGAACGCUUUCAAGCAGAAUGACCUCAUCUUGGCGACGUCCGAAGGGAGAAAAGAGGAGCUGCGAGCUUACAGUCAGUCGUCUGGUCAUUGGCGCUUGUACCGCACGCUCUGCCAAGUCCGUUUUGGUUACCUGUCGUUCCUCGUGGUCAUGGUAGUGCUCAUGGUGUCGUUCACGCUGUUGAUGGAGAUUUUCUUUUCAAUCUUCCUGCCAAGUGCCAAGUACAAUGCGUACUACACAUUGCGCGCAGUAGUGUUUCUGGUGCUCUUGCCGGUGGUGCUGUUCUUCCUCUCUUACAUUUUUGAAGAGGCGUCGAGAUUUUUUCUGGAUGCACUGGACAAAUCGGAUGGCUCGCUGCCAAACUUUCGAUUGGCGCUGGCUGUUGUUGUCCACUACCUUCGCCACAGAAGAGCGCUUAACGAGCUUGAAAAGAUGAACGACGCAGCCCGUGGUGAAAGGACGUUACUAGUGGGUGACAGUCUGCCGAGAAGUCAGACUCCAGCGGCGAAAUGCAGGACGAGAAGUUCAUUGUUACUGACGGCGAAAACCGACCCGUUCUCGGAAGACUACGAAGAAGAACAGGUUGGGGUACGGGAAAGCACGGAAGAGAACGAAGAGGAUGGGCUUUGGGACAGCACGGAGGUAGAUGAGGCAAAGCAAUCGACCACAGCGGAGGCGACAGCGGCCUGCGUAGCGACGCUGUCUUCCGUCGUUGAGGACUCGCCAAAAAAGAAUGCAAUGAAACGGUGGAAGCGGAUUCAAGCAGCCGUGAAGACAACGCUGCUUAUCAGACAGGUUAAGGAGGAAGGGCCGGCUAUCGAUCUGUCGACUUUUGUUGCCGUGGAUAUUGUGUGCCCCGUUUUUUUCGAGGUGCUGACGGCUGCUUCGAUGGUUGUCAAGUUCGUAGCGACCUGGUCAGUGCCAGACGCAUUUUUAGCCUAUGUCCAGACAGGCUUCUGGUGCGUGGGUGCUUACCUGGUGUUGUGGAUGAUAGCGCAUUUUUGGAGCAGCCGCAAUGGUAAAAUGCGUACGAUGGUAAGCAAUUAUCGUCGUCGAAGGCGCAUACUGCGUCGAGCGGUUUGCGCACUCGAAGAGAAAGAGCGCGCCGAGCACUUGUGGUUGUUGGACGUAGGGUUUCGCUUCGCGCAUCACGUGGGGGUUGUUCUGCAUCCUACGCGUUGGCUUUGUUUCAACAGAGCAACGCGUGACAAGAAGCAGCAGAGCAACAUACUAGACGAUGGGGUCGCGAUUUCAAUCGCAGCAUCUAGACGUUCUGACCAAAUGUCGGCAAGCACUGGAGUAGAAGCUGGUGUGGAAUCUGAUGCAAGCGCUGAACAAAUUCGCCCUACGUCUGUGUAUGCCUCGCGUCUCCAGCGGAUGCAAGAGUUUCAAGAAUGGACACGCGUGCGCAAUCCGUGGCACCAUUUGUCUCUGAACGUCCGCGCGGUGCUGUUGCUGGUGCUUGUGAUCGGUUCGGCUUUGGUUUCACUGAAAUCCUUCUUUGUUGGAUGGCCAAUAAUGGGUGUGUGCCUCAUCGCCCUGAGCUCUGUCGUGCAAAGACGAUUUCCACAAAUUUUUGGUCAAGCGUUUCGGAAGUUCAUUUCGGCUUUCGUGGUCGUCUCACUCAUUUUCUUUUCGUCUUCUUUCGUCAUCGGUACUUUCGUAUCCGGUGACGUAUUCAUGCUAGGACCGUUUGACAAUUCUACGGAGCAAGUAUCAAGCGAGCUCAAAGCUACCCACAGCAUAUCAGCUUCCGUUACCGUUAACGGGAAAGUGAUCAGCUUCGAUGCCACAUCUCAAUACGCGGCUUGUAGCAUCAGCUACCACGGGCUUUCAGUGCUUGAUUUGGCGUUAAUAGCCGACGCCGCGUAUGGCUCCACCACGGAUAUUCAGAAAUCUGCACUCGACAAUCGCUUCAAUGGAACAGAACUGGAUGACUGGAAGCACGUUGCACGAAACAACGAAAGCACAGACGGGCAGACUUGGAUGGAGAUUUACUUCCCAGCAGCCAACAUGACAGUCAUCGCAGUACGAGGCACUGCUUCCGCGACGGAGGCUCUCGAAGACAUGCACUUUUGGUUUGGCAUCUGCAUCAUGCAGGCGGCAAACAUUUUUGUGCCAUUCCUGAAGCAAUUGCCUCGCGCUUUUGUGGUACAAAUGUUGUCCAUGCGCCCCGUCUCGAGUGUGAUGCCGUCGCCCGUGUAUACGGACGUGUUGAAUCAUGCCGUUGACACACGUGCUCGUGUGGGAGAAAAUCUUGUGAUAACGGGACAUAGUCUUGGCGGGGCAAUUGCUGCUAUGAUCGGCGCCAAGACCAAAUCGAGCGCCGUGUCAUUUUCAGGGCCUGGCUUGCUCUAUUCGCUGGGACGCUUUGACAUCACCUCACGAGACGUUCGUGACUACGUUUUGACGAUGAAACCCGCGAAGGAUAUCGUUCCGCGGGUCGACAAGUUGGGUGGCCUAGUGCAGGAGAUUCGCUGCAAAAAAGCGUCUCCAAUGGGUUGCCACAGUACGAGUACUCACCUGUGCGAGUUAUACUUUUCCUGCGGUGACCAACGGCAUCGCAAUUGGUCGAAGAAUCAGCAGUGCACCGCAUACAGCGCGCUGACAUCGGACGAUGACGAUGACGAAUAG